GUUGCUGGUAUUGUCUUCCCCGUCGUUGCGACGGUGGUCACCUGCUUCCGUUUGUUCGUGCGGGUACGACAAAGCCGUUUCUGGCUAGACGAUACAUGGGCAGCGCUUGCCAUGGUAUUCAAUAUCAUUUUUUUGGUAGUAAAUUGGUUGUAUCUGCAUGACUACGGUGCUGGCAACGGUUUUAGGUCGUCCAGGAUCUCGAUUUUGUUCACGGUCGUCCGACUGACUUUCCCUGGCUUAGUAAGGAGAUUGCUAGUACUCAUCGCCAUCGCAUUUAUGGUUGCAUGGAUGAUCCUUGGCGCGCAAAUCUUUUGGACCUGUGAAACAGAGCCUGGUUGGAAAACGCAACCGCGUCCUCAAUGUGACCUAGGCAGGAAUGUUGCCAUCACACAGAUAAUCACCGACGUGCUCGGUGACAUGAUCUUAAUAAUAGCACCAGUCCGUCUGAUCUACAAAGUCAAACUCACCAAGGCUCAAAAGAUCCGACUUCUAUCCAUUUUUUCAACUUCUGCUGGUACCACUGUUGUCAGCAUCGCUCAUGGGUACUACGUGUAUUCCGGCGGUGGGCUAAGGGAAGUCUUGGCUGCUAUAGCUGAGUUCUCAGUUAGCUUGAUUGUGGCGAAUUUGAGUGUAGUUGUCGCUUUCUUCUUCCACAUCAGUACUGAAGAAACCGCAACCCCCGCUCCACUGGAGCUCAAAUCUAUAAUCACCUUCGGCUCACUGCCGACUCGCAAAAGAAUACAGCGUGAUCCUCUCUCAACCUUAACGGUAGUAGAUGGGAUUGAGACAUCGACAAUAGAAGUGGAUGAUUUGCCCACGACUCCCAAGAAAGUGGCUGAAGGAGGCGGCAAUGAUGCCGAAGUUGUAUCCUUUCAAACGGUUACUGAACCAGGUCUGUUCUAUGACGCAUGA